CAAUCUUCUGUAGGCUAUCAGGCAUAUUAGUUAACAUGGAUUCCUCCUUUGGACUGCUUAAGACCUGGGGAUAUAAGAACUCUGCUUCAGGGAUGAAUUUCACCUUUAUUUGCUUAGUGCUGUGCAUGUGGACUAGUGUAGAGUCCUGGUCUUACUUCUACUCGGACAACCCAAUGACAUGGGAUGAUGCACGAAGCUGGUGCCAGGAACACUACACAGACAUGGUGGCCAUUCAGAACCAGGAAGAGAUCAAGCAUCUUAAUAGCUGGCUGCCCAAGAAAAAUGGCUACUACUGGAUUGGGAUUCGUAAGAUCAAUAAUGUCUGGACCUGGGUAGGAACCAACAAGCCUCUGACAAAAGAAGCAACCAACUGGGCAGAAGGAGAACCGAACAAUGGUGAGAGUGAAAUAAAUUCAAAGAUCAGUGAGGAUUGUGUGGAGAUGUACAUUAAAAGAGAUAAAGAACCAGGCAAGUGGAAUGACGAGAGAUGUACAAAAUCAAAGACUGCUCUGUGCUACACAGCGGCUUGUAAGAAUGACUCCUGUUUGCAUGGAGAGUGUGUUGAAACCAUCAACAGCCACAAAUGUGAUUGCUUUGAAGGGUUUUUUGGAGACAAGUGUGACCAAGUUGUGCAGUGUAACAAAAGUGAGGUGAUUGUGCCAGAUAAAGGACAUGUAAAUUGCUCUCACAAGCAUGGCAAUUUCACCUAUGACUCGUUGUGCCAGUAUUCCUGUGAGGAAGGAUACAAGCUGAGUGUGCAGACUCCUCUGAGGUGCACGGGGUCAGGAAAAUGGUCAGAUAAGCACCCUUCAUGUGAAUUGAUUCAGUGUGAGAAGAUGUCAGAGCCUACACAUGGAUCCAUGAAAUGCUCCGAUCCUCUGGGCUCAUUCAGCUAUCAGUCCACCUGUACUUUUACCUGUGAUGAAGGUUAUGUACUGUCUGGCUCUCCAUCUCUGCAAUGUGAAUCAUCAGGAAAUUGGAAUGCAUCCCAGCCAUACUGUGUUGCUGUCCAGUGCCCUGCUCUGCAAAACUUGACAAAUGGCUUUGUCAGCUGUGGAGAAGAUGCUGAUAUGAGGUUCAGCUACAAAAACACCUGCAGCUUCAGUUGUGACCAAGGUUACCAUUUAGUGGGAGCCAGUAGAGUGACCUGCACAUCAGGAGGUACAUGGAAUCAGCAGAUUCCUCACUGUGAAGCCAUCCUUUGCCAGAAUCCAGAGAGAGAAGCUCCCCUCAUCAUGCAGUGCAGUGAAUCUGUGACCGAACUGCGACCAAACUCCACCUGCAGCUUCAGCUGUGAAGAAGGUUUUGAACUGCAGGGAGCAAACACCAUCAAGUGUUCUGAGGACGGACAGUGGAAUAAAAUCAUACCUACAUGCAAAGCAAAAGGAUGUCCUGCUCCAGAGGUCCCAACAAAUGGUCAGAUAAGCUGCAGCCCUUCUCUUAGUCAUGAGACACCCCAUCCACUUGGCAUGCUUUGUAAUUUUACAUGUGAUGAAGGACAUGAGCUGCAAGGUGCACACAGCAUGGAGUGUACACAUCCAGGCCAAUGGACCUCCAGAUCACCAACCUGCACAGCUGUUCAAUGCCCGUUGCUUGAGGCUCCUGAAAACGGUCACAUCAGUUGCUCCAGCACUGAAUCAGUUUACAACUCUCAGUGCUCCUUCACCUGUGACCAAGACUACUCAUUAGAAGGACCUGAGCUGCUGACAUGUGAUCAUCAUGGCAACUGGACUGGAGAGAAACCCACCUGUCAAGCUCCUGCUCCAGUUACUUCAAUUACGCUUGGUGUGGCAACAGGGGGCACUGCCUUGUUCUCUGGUGUGUCUAUGGUUAUAUGGCUCUUGAAAAAGAUGAAGAAGAAAGCUGACGCAUAUGAGCUGAGCAGCAACUCUGACAUAGAGUCUUCCCCACAGAGCUACAAAAACAGCACUGACAGCCUAAUAUAGAAGACACUUCUAUUCUUCUAAGACAGCUACAGACAGCUCUAUAUUUCAACACAGAAAUGCAAAAAGUACAUAUCAUAUGCACUAGCAUAACAGACGGGGAAAAACAGGCAUACUAAAUGUGACAAGGAGUGACAUUAGAAUUUUCCUGAAACUUUAAAAAGAUCUGCAAUUGCUCUGAAAUGUUGUUACAACAUGUAUCUCCUCCAGAAUGGAAUUUCAUAUUGAACAUAUUGUUCUACAACUUCAUGAAAAUGCUGGAAAGGUGGCAGAUUCAUGUCACCGUAAAUGUUACAUAAUGUUAUGUGUGAAUUGUCAUUUAGCUGCACAAAUGUGAAUAAUAUUAUAUGUAUUUAUUUAUUAUUUAUUUUAGAAUAGGAUAUUUUGAAUUGAAUUUUUA